AUGUGUAUUUUAGAUAUGUCAUCGUAUCCAAAAUUUAAUGUUCCUUAUACGAUUGCCGGAGUCGGAGCAGGAGUCGGAGCAUGUACACUUGCCUACUAUGGCAGUCAUGCAUAUAAAUCGAGAUUACAAAAAUUAUAUGAUGAUGGUAUCGAUUUAAACAAUCAAACAAUUGAAGUUGAUCCCGUGGAAAAAAUUCGACGUUGUACAUUUUAUAAAAAUGUGGACAUUUAUACAUAUUAUAAACAAUUUUUUCCAGAUGUAAAAAUGCUCGGAGAUAUUCUCUAUCAUGGUUAUAAAGUUUCAAAUAAUGGACCAUGUAUUGGACUUUCGUUUAAUGAUUCAACAUCAACAAAUGAAAAUAUUAAUUUCAAUUGGUUGUCCUAUUCCCAUGUACUUGAACAAGUUCGAUAUAUUGGCUCCUAUAUGAUAAGUUGUUUAAAUUUAGUACCAAAUAAAUCUAAAGUUGGAAUUAUGUCUUUAAAUCGACAAGAAUGGACAUAUGUUGAACAUGCUUGUUAUAUGUAUGGAUUUAUUGUUGUAUCACUCUAUACAACAUAUGAUUCACAGACCGUAUUAAAUUUAUUACAAAAAACAUCUACUGAUAUUUUAUUUGUUGAUAAUGUUCAACGUAUUGAAAAAAUAAAAUCGAAUCUAUUUGAUAUUGGAAUAAAACAUAUAAUUUCAAUGGAUGAUUUACCCAUAACUGAUAAUAAUAAUAGUGAUAUUAAAACAUUUCAGCAUGUUUUAGAAUCUGGUAAAGAAAAUUUAUGUCCUCGACCAUAUUUUGAGUCGAACAAUAUAGCUACAUUUAUUUUUACGAGUGGAACAACUGGUAAACUGUCUUUAAUUAACGUAUGUGAACCAAAAAUAGCAAUGUUAAGUCAUGAAAAUAUAUUAUCGACUAUAAAAAGUGAUUAUGAGAGAAAGCAACGUGCUCGUAUUUCUGGUACUCCUUCUGACCGCCAUUUAUCUUUUCUUCCAAUGCCUCAUUUAUAUGAAAGAAUGGUAUUAUUAGUUACAUUUAUAAAUGGAUCAAAAGUUGUCUAUUGUCCACAACCUGAAAAAUUAUUGGAAUAUUAUACGGUUGUUAAACCAUCUCGUCUUGUAAUGGUACCAAGACUUUUAAACAAAGUGUAUGAUACAAUCAUGAACGAAGCGGGUAAAAGUAAAAUCAAACACUUUUUAAUUAAACAAGCAUUACAAAAUGAACAACCAUCAUUAUUUACCAAAUUGAUAUUUCGUAAAGUUCGACGUUUAUUUGGUAAUGAGGCAAUAUCAAUGUUCACUGGAAGUGCCCCUGUCACACCUGACGUAUUACACUUUUUUCGUAUUGCAUUAAAUAUUCCCGUUGCAGAAGGGUAUGGUCAAACAGAAACAUCCGCAGCUGGAACAACUACACACAUAAUUGAUCAAUCACCAGGAACCGUUGGUUCACCGGGAUGUACGGUAGAAAUAAAAUUAAUUGAUGUUUCAGGAACAAAUUAUUAUAAGGAGAAUAAUCAAGGUGAAAUAUGUAUUCGAGGGCCAUGUGUGUUCAAAGGUUAUUUUGGCGAUGAAAAAAAAACACGAGAAACAAUUGAUGAAGAUGGGUGGUGUCAUACAGGUGAUAUUGGAGAAUGGAGACCAAAUGGUAGUCUUCGUGUUAUUGAUCGGUGUAAAAACAUAUUUAAAUUAAGUCAAGGAGAAUAUAUAGGUAAACUCAACUAA